AUGGACGCGCUUGGCGCGACAUCGCCGGACGAAAGUGCCGUUCAGAGGACUCCCAAGCACGACACAUCCACACGAACCAGUUCACCUACAAACACGACUCAAGACGCCCAAGAUAGACACCAACGAUGCAAUGAUUCCAGAUCUAGUAGCAGUGAGGAUGGAGAAGAAGAGGAUGAGACCGAGGAAGAGGAAGACUCGGACGACGAGGAUGAGGAGCCCCGCCUCAAGUACGCAUACCUGACGAAGCACUUGGGAUCGGUAUAUCGCAACGGGGAUGCGACAAGCUCGUUCCUCGUAGCAGGAGAUAAAAUGAUCGUCGGGACACACAACGGGAACGUCCACGUUAUGUCAUUACCGCUUCUACAAUCCCUCCGUGUAUAUCAUGCGCACUCAGCAAGUGUUACCUCAAUAUCGAUAUCACCAUUUCCGCCUCCGCUUCCGAACCUUAGGCAAGACACAUUCAGCAAGCAGACCGCGGAAGAAUACAGACCAUCUACUCGAUCAUCUAAUGCUACCAGCAGUAUCCGUGGCAAAGGAAAACUGAGCGAUCACCCAACCGUCCCCCCAAUACCGUCGAACUCGAUUUACAUCGGGACCUCCUCAAUCGAUGGCCACGUAUGCGUCUCGUCGCUGGUAGACCCCAAGGAUGUGCUGUUGCGCAAUUUUGGUCGCCCCGUACAGUCUGUUGCUUUGUCUCCAGAGUACAAAACUGAUCGGUCAUACCUGUCUGGUGGCCGAGCAGGUGAACUGGUCUUGACAACUGGCGGUCGUAUUGGAGCGACCUCCAACUCUACAACAAUGGGCGGUGCGGCCGCCACAGCCUCAAGUUGGCUUGGAUCCAUGGGCCUGGCAUCCAAUAGUGGAAAAGAUACAAUUAUUCACAGCGGCGAAGGGGCUAUAAGCACAAUUAAAUGGUCACUCUCUGGGAAAUACGUGGUCUGGGUCAACGAAGAAGGCAUCAAGAUUAUGCGGUCAAAUCUGCAUCUGGAUUCUUCAGAGAUGGAAUUUGCCUGGAAACGAAUCAGCCAUAUUGACCGUCCAAAUCGUCCCGGCUGGGAGGAAAUGGCCGGUGUUUGGAAGGCACGCGCAGAAUGGAUCGACCAGUCUGCUUUAGACAGUCGGGAUAACCUAGACCCCAAUAAUAAUUCUGCAAGUCCAGAGCUACAGUUGACUGCCUCCGGAGAGAAAGUGGAAAAGCUCGUCGUCGGCUGGGGAGGAACUGUUUGGGUCAUUGAUGUCUACCCCGAAAGGGCAAGCAAAACAUCCAAGGGCGAGAAAUUGGGCUCUGCAGAAGUUGUUACAAUAUUACGAACAGAUUGUGUGGUUUCUGGCAUCUCAUUGUACACGCCUCGUCUUCUUGUCAUUCUCGCAUAUAUGGAGACUGAAGGAGAAAAUACAAGCAACGGAAGAGGCAGUGGGACCCGCAAUCGACUUAAAGGCCUAGAACCUGAACUUCGUGUCAUUGACAUAGAAACAAAGGAAGAAAUCAGCGCCGAUACACUUUCAAUUAACCGGUUUGAGGGCCUCUCAGCGUCUGAUUAUCAUUUAAGUGUCUUGCCUCCGUGGAAGACUCCAGAGGGUCAAGUUGUCCAACGUGGUGCUCUGGGAGCUCUUGGGUAUGGGCUUUUGGAUGCAACUAUGUACUCUGCGCGGCUGUUUAGCUCCGGCGCCAGCAUUCGCAGCACCACAAGUAGUGGCGACAAGGGGUCUGCUAGAGUCGCUCCAUCUUUCAUAUCCAAGCUCCACGCAGCUGAGGAUGCCCUUCCGAGGGAGGUCCAGGAAGUUUCUGGUGCUCCUGGUGCCAAAAUCUUUGUGCACAGCCCAUAUGACUGUGUUGUUGCAGUCAGAAGAGAUCUUGCGGACCGACUGUCCUGGCUUGAUUCUCAUGGCCAGUACGAGGACGCAUGGCGUCUCGUCGAUGAACAUCCCGAAGCUGCGGGCUCGAUAUCCGACGUAACCGAAGCUAUUUCCGAGGCUGCAGGAAGGUCCCAGACCAGUCUAGGUGAAUUUUUUGCUGAUGAUCGAUCGUCUAUCAUGACAGCUGGUCGAGCAAAAGUUUCUGCUGCUGAACAAGAAAAGGCUCGCCUCGGGGAACUCUGGAUCAACCAACUUGUCAGCGAAGAUAAGUGGAUUGACGCUGCGAACAUUUGUGGCAAAGUCAUCCGCAAUGCCCCACGAUGGGAACACUGGGCAUGGACCUUUAUCAAAAAUGAUAAAAUCGACGAGAUCACUUCCCACAUUCCAAUCGAUAUAAAUCCGCCGUUGUCUGCUCGGAUCUACGAAAUCAUUCUCACUCACUAUGUGUCACGAGACUUGGUCAAAUUCAAAGAACUCAUUGAAACAUGGCCAUCCGAUUUGUUUGAUGCGAGUGUGGUCACAGAAGCCAUCGAAGCACAGGUGAAAUCCGAUUCAGUGCGUGCCGGGUCUGAGGAAUGGCGAAUCCUCACAGAUUGCCUUGCCAAGUUAUUCCUGGUAGGAGGGCACUACCGCGAAGCCUUGCGUUGCUAUAUUCGACUGCAAGAUGGAGAUGCCGCUAUGGCUUUGGUUCGGGUACACCGCUUGCUCGAUGCAGUUACUGAUGAUAUACCGGCCUUUAUCAUGAUUCGCGUUUCCAAAGAGCAAAUGAAGUCAGCUCCGAAAUCCGAACUGGAGGAAUUGACAUCCGAGCCCACGCGACUCCUUGUGAGCGAAGCAUACACGGGUAUUGUUCCCCCAGAAACCGUGGUAUCACAGUUGAUCGCCGCAAACAGGUUCCUGUUUCUGUAUUUCUAUCUCCGUGCGCUCUGGCGAGGCGAGUCGUUACCGCACGACGCCUCUAAGCCCAGAAGAGGACGUGGAAUCCAUGCUCGGGAUGCAGCCAGCAAGCUUGCUGCCGAUGAAGGCAAAGCCCUGAUUGACAAUUUUGCCGAUACAGCCGUUGAGGUAUUUGCCGAUUACGACCGGCCUCUACUGAUGGAGUUCCUCCAAACAAGUAUAUCUUAUUCAUUUGAGAAAGCCACAUCCAUCUGCGAAGACCACAAAUUUACACCAGAGUUGAUUUUCCUCUUGUCUAAGAUGGGCCAGACAAAGCGAGCCUUGAACCUAAUUCUAUCAGAUCUCAAGGAUGUUUCGCAGGCCAUUUCAUUUGCAAAAUCACAGGAUGAUCCUGAUCUGUGGGAAGAUCUGCUCGAUUACUCUAUGGACAAGCCAAAGUUCAUUCACGGUCUUCUUGUUGAGGCCGGAACGGCCAUCGACCCAAUAAAGCUUGUGCGUCGGAUCCCGAGCGGGCUGGAGAUUGAAGGUCUGCGAGAGGGCCUCACUCGCUUGAUCCGUGAGCACGAUCUGCAAGCUAGUAUCAGCCAAGGCGCGGCUAGAGUCAUGCAAAGUGAAGUUGCACUUGGGAUGGACUCGCUGCGCAAAGGUCAGCGCCGGGGAAUCAAGUUCGAUAUCAUCGAGGACAAAGACGGAGAUUUCAACAAGACACCGACAACGAAGACCCAGGCUCAAGAUCAAUUAUCUGUGCCCAAUGGUGCGAGAAAAUUCGGAGGCCCUGGACAUGGAAGAUGCGGCGGUUGCAACGCCGCCUUCCGGGAAAACGAGCGAGAAAUCCUUGUUGCCUUUGCUUGUGGCCAUAUUUUCCAUCUAUCCCACCUGCACUCCGACACGUCACAGCAACAAUCCGGCGCGAACAGCCGUGACCGAUCUGCAGAUCUCACACCUCGAGCCAUGUCUCCAGUCGACGAAACCCGAUCCGCUACUGCGUCUCGCACCAUAGGCCCCAAAGUCACGACGGCAAGAAUCCUGCGAGACAAGAUUGGGGAUGGGUGUCGUCUUUGUGCCCUGACAAGAGAUAUUGAAUCUCUUGGUGGUGAGGUGGAGGUUUGA